AUUUUCCCAAAAUUUGGAACGGGACAAACUGAUAUUUGUCGCACCGAUCCCACCGUGACCUUGCGUGUGGGCGGCGGCGGCGGUUUGCAGUCUUCUUCUUCCGGGCUCGAUCUCGGGCAGAUAAGGUUCCAUUUCUCUCCCUCUCUUCUCCAGCUUUCCGGCCGCACCGCUCUUGCGCUGCCUGGUCGCGGAGGCUGAUCUUUCACAGCCGGCUUCUCCAUCCCUUCCGAAGACGAUCUCGCAGGUAUCUCCUGUGCCCUUGCCCCUUUCGUUCUGAUUCCCCUCCGGAACGGCGACCCAACAUGCACGACUUCUCCUCUCACAUUGUCGUCAAGUGGCCGGAAAUCGUAACGGUAGGAUUGCUGUUGAUCAACUCUGGAAGUCUGGCUCGUAUGCGAGAGGUGAUAUGAUUCUUGGUUCCUAUAUCGUCCGACUUCCUCCUCAAGUGGCGUGGCUGAUCAGCAAUCGUACCUUGACACCUGUGGCGACGUUAGAGAUUAUACAUUAAUUUGAGUGCAGUUGGCAGUUGGAGGUGGAUAGUAUCAACGAGCAGUUGAUAUUCUACUGGAAAUAGUUCAAGUCUCACAGAUCUUAACCUUAUUAUUAGGAAGGCCUACAUAUCUUCCGAUAGGAGUUUGUCCAUGAACAGUUUGCUUUUGAUAAUGGGCGUGAAUGAAGCUGCAAGUUUGUGUCAUUGCAACCUUAGGAUCAAACUCUACCUGUAGAAACUAAUGAACAUGUUCAGUGCCAAAUCUUGGAUCGACAGACAAUUUAUUAUAAUAGAAGUAGCUUAAUUUAUUUAGCAUAAAUUGCUUUCGGAUAUUCAGAAAAUGUCUUCUCUUCAGCUUCUGCCACUAACUGAACAUGGGCGUAACAUUCUGGCAUCUAGAAGAAGAACGUUGGCAGCUGUCUCAGCUGUCCUGGUGGCUGGUGGCACUGUCGCAUUCAUGCAAACACGCCUCUAUAAGAGAUCCCAUAAAUCUGGUGAGAAAGGUGAAAACUCAAGCCAAAAUGGUAUUUGUAAUCAGCCAGUUCAAGUGGCAAGGCCAACUAGAAAAGGAUUGAGAUCCCUGCAUUAUUUAGCAGCAACCUUGCUUUCACAGAUGGGUCCUAAUGGGAUGCGCAACCUUAUGGGACUAGUGGCUAUAGCGGUGUUGAGAACUGCCUUGAGUCACAGAUUGGCAAAAGUUCAAGGUUUCUUGUUCAGAGCUGCUUUUCUUCAGCGAGUACCCAUGUUCCUUCGGUUGAUUGUUGAGAACCUUCUUUUAUGUUUUCUCCAGUCUACGUUAUACUCAACUUCAAAGUAUUUGACGGGAGUCUUGGCUCUGCGAUUCAGGAAAAUUUUGACAGAACUUAUACAUGCUGAUUAUUUUGAGAACAUGGUGUACUACAAAAUCUCAAAUGUUGAUGACCGGAUCAACAAUCCUGAGCAGCGGAUUGCUAGUGAUAUACCAAAGUUUUGUUCUGAAUUGAGUGACCUUAUAUUGGAUGAUCUCACUGCAGUUGCUGAUGGUCUUAUAUAUACUUGGCGCCUAUGUUCCUAUGCAAGUCCAAAAUACGUGCUAUGGAUUUUGGCAUAUGUCCUUGGGGUCGGUGCAACUAUCAGGAAUUUCUCUCCUCCUUUUGGAAAGCUAAUGUCCAAAGAGCAGCAACUGGAAGGUGAUUAUCGACAACUACACUCACGGUUAAGGACUCAUGCAGAAAGUGUUGCUUUCUAUGGAGGAGAGAAUAGAGAAGCAUCUCAUAUCUGGCAGAAAUUUAAGACACUUGUAAAUCACUUAAAUGUUGUACUUCACGAUCAUUGGUGGUUCGGAAUGAUUCAAGACUUCCUCUUGAAGUACCUUGGUGCUACUGUUGCAGUGGUUCUGAUUAUUGAGCCAUUUUUUUCUGGUAAUCUUAGACCUGAUUCCUCAACACUAGGUAGAGCUGAAAUGCUGAGCAAUCUUCGUUAUCAUACAAGUGUAAUAAUAUCACUCUUUCAAUCACUUGGUACUCUCUCUAUCAGUUCUCGGCGUCUGAACCGUAUCAGUGGAUAUUCUGAUCGUAUUCAUGAACUGAUGAUGGUUGCAAAAGAGUUAUCAGCUAAUCAUGACCGAUCAGUUCAGAGAAGUGCUAGUAGAAAUUAUAUCAGUGAAGCAAAUUAUAUUGAGUUUGCAGGUGUCAAGGUAGUUACACCAACCAACAACGUUUUGGUUGAUGAUUUGAGUCUCAAGGUAGAAUCAGGUUCGAAUCUUCUAAUAACCGGUCCAAAUGGAAGUGGGAAAAGUUCUCUCUUCCGGGUUCUUGGAGGUCUCUGGCCGCUUGUAUCUGGUUAUAUUGUAAAACCAGGAAUUGGUGCAGAUCUUAACAAGGAGAUUUUCUAUGUCCCACAACGACCAUAUACAGCUGUGGGAACACUUCGUGACCAAUUAAUCUAUCCUUUGACAGCAGAUCAGGAGACUGAACCACUCACUCAUGAGGGAAUGGUGGAAUUAUUAAGAAAUGUUGAUCUAGAGUAUUUAUUGGAUCGUUAUCCCCUGGAAAAGGAAAUUAACUGGGGAGAUGAACUUUCUCUUGGUGAACAACAAAGACUUGGAAUGGCUAGGUUAUUCUAUCAUAGGCCCAAAUUUGCUAUUCUUGAUGAGUGUACUAGUGCUGUCACAACUAAUAUGGAGCAACGAUUCUGUGAGAAGGUUCAAGCUAUGGGCACAUCAUGCAUCACAAUAUCUCACCGACCUGCUUUAGUUGCCUUUCAUGACAUAGUUUUAUCUUUGGAUGGGGAAGGGGGAUGGAGCGUCCAUGACAAGAGGGAAGGGUUGCCUCUCCCUUCUGAAGCAAGUGCUGAUUCGAUAACAGCGUCAGAUACAGAUCGUCGGAAUGAUACAAUAGCUGUUCAAAGAGCAUUUUUGUCAACUGGGAAGGGGAACAAAUUAACGAAGUCAAAGGUGCAUUCUUAUUCCUCCAAGGUUGUUGCAUCAUCGCCUGAUGCAGAUAAGCAAGUUCCUCUCCCUGUUGUUCCACAACUGUACAAUGCUCCAAAAGUCCUACCUAAUAGAGUUGCUUCAAUGUUUAGAGUACUGAUUCCUUCCCUUUUUGAUAGACAGGGUGCAAAGUUGUUUGCAGUUGCGUUACUUGUUGUGUCGAGAACAUGGAUCUCAGAUCGUAUUGCUUCCUUAAAUGGAACCAGUGUGAAGUAUGUUUUAGAACAAGACAAAGCAGCAUUUAUUCGAUUGACUGGCAUAAGUAUUCUUCAAAGUGCUGCCAAUUCAUUUGUUGCACCUACACUAAGGCAUCUCACAGCUAGACUUGCCCUUGGAUGGCGAAUCCGGUUGACUCAAUAUUUAUUGAAGAAUUAUUUGAAGAAAAAUGCUUUUUACAAGGUUUUCCACAUGUCUGGUAAAAAUAUUGACGCUGACCAGAGAAUAACACAUGACGUUGAGAAGUUGACUUCUGAUCUCUCAGGAUUGGUGACUAGCAUGGUUAAACCUUCUGUGGAUAUUCUAUGGUUUACAUGGAGGAUGAAACAUUUAAGUGGACAUAGAGGGGUUGCUAUAUUGUAUGCCUAUAUGUUUCUUGGUUUGGGCUUUCUUAGAAGUGUUGCUCCUGAGUUUGGUGAUCUAGCCAAUAAAGAACAGCAACUUGAGGGGACUUUUAGGUUUAUGCACACAAGACUUCGAACUCAUGCUGAAUCCAUUGCCUUCUUUGGUGGUGGUUCUCGGGAAAAAGUUAUGGUUGAUUCAAGAUUCACUGAAUUGCUUGAGCAUUGCAAGAUACACUUGAAAAACAAGUGGUUGUAUGGUAUACUAGAUGAAUUCAUCACUAAACAACUUCCACACAAUGUGACAUGGGUACUUAGUCUUCUUUAUGCCAUGGAGCAUGAAGGCGACCGUUCACUUACAUCUACACAAGGAGAGCUAGCACAUUCACUAAGGUUCUUAGCCUCUGUUGUGUCACAAAGCUUUUUAGCAUUCGGGGACAUACUUGAGUUGCAUAAGAAGUUUCUUGAACUCUCUGGUGGUAUUAAUAGAAUUUUUGAACUAGAGGAACUACUGGAUGCUGCACAAAGUGAUGCAGAAGCAUCUUUGUCAGACAAUACUGUCAGCAAUGAUUCCAAUAGCCUGCCUGGUCAAGAUAUCAUUUCAUUCUGUAAGGUGGAUAUUAUCACCCCAUCACAGAAGCUACUAGCUAGGCAGUUAACUUGUGAUAUUGUGCAUGGGAAAAGUCUCCUUGUUACUGGUCCAAAUGGCAGUGGAAAGAGUUCCAUCUUUAGAGCUCUUCGUGGAUUAUGGCCAAUUGUAUCUGGAAGACUCGUGAAACCCUGCAAUGUUGUGUUUUAUGUACCACAGAGACCAUAUACAAGUUUAGGAACAUUGAGGGAUCAAAUCAUAUAUCCUCUUUCUAGAGAAGAAGCUGAAUUGAGGAUGACUACUAUGAUGAGGAUUGGUGAAAAAUCUGAGGCAACUAGACUUCUGGAUGUUCACCUAAAAACCAUUCUAGAUGGUGUUAGGUUAGUUUAUCUUCUUGAACGAGAAGGUUGGGAUGCUACUGCUAACUGGGAAGAUGUUCUCUCUCUAGGAGAACAACAGAGGCUAGGAAUGGCUCGCUUAUUUUUCCACCACCCUAAAUAUGGUGUCCUAGACGAGUGUACCAAUGCCACUAGUGUUGAUGUUGAAGAGCAUCUCUACAAAUUAGCAAAUGAAAUGGGAAUAACUGUCAUUACAUCCUCUCAGCGGCCUGCUCUCUUACCAUUUCAUUCAAUGGAACUGAAACUUAUUGAUGGGGAGGGCAAAUGGGAGUUAUGUGAAAUAAACGAAUGAGAAUUUGGAUUUGCCGGAAUCUUUGGGUUCAGUUGCACUAUUGUUUUUAGUUAUCUAUGCCAUUUGAAGUAGUAAACACGGAUAUCAGUGCUUUCACAAAUUGCAUCUCAGAUAUUUGUCACUUUGGUAAGUGCAACAACAAACACAGUAACUUGAUUGAAGUCUCCACAUACUGAAAAUUCCUUUUUCAAGUUCACCAAGACAUACAUCUCAGAGAUGGAUGAAGAAUGCAUCUCCUUCCGGUAUAGGAUUGAUUCUGUAUGCAGUUCACCAAGACAUACAAUGUACAUAUACAAGUAUACGAGGACGUUGCAUCAUAUCCGUGCAAUUGUUAUAGAUACUUCCGUGCAUAGUUUCAGAUUUUGUAGAAUAAAAUGUCAUUGUUUGACAACUACAUUCAAAUGCUUCCUAGAUUUAGUACACGGAAAAAAUUAUGACAAGUGUAUUCAAUCGAAAUCUUAGUGAUUAUUGUUGCAUUUA